CCCUCCCUCAGCCUGGGCCCGGCAGGCAUAGAAGAUGAAUACACCCAUCGCACCGUCAACAUAUGUGCGCUGCCUCAAUGUUGGAAUGAUUCGAAAGCUGUCAGAUUUUAUUGAUCCUCAGGAAGGAUGGAAGAAAUUAGCUGCAUCUAUUAAAAAGCCAUCUGGGGACGACAGAUACAAUCAGUUCCACAUCAGGAGGUUUGAAGCAUUACUUCAAGCUGGAAAAAGUCCCACUUGCGAGUUACUGUUUGACUGGGGCACAACAAACUGCACAGUUGGUGAUCUUGUGGAUCUUUUGAUCCAAAAUGAGUUUUUUGCUCCCGCGAGUCUUUUGCUACCAGAUGCUGUCCCCAAAGCUGUCAGCACAUUCCCUCCCGAGGCAGCUGUAACUGUGCAGCAGAAACCAGUUCCUUUCCAUGGCAAGGACAACACAUCUGUGACCCCUGAACAGAAUCCUCCCCCCGACUCCUCAAGUGCAGUCAGUACAAGUCUAGAAGACAGUGACACACGUUUUCACAAUUUCUCAUUUUAUGAAUUGAAGAGUAUCACCAAUAACUUUGAUGAAAGACCCGUGUCUGUUGGUGGCAACAAGAUGGGCGAGGGGGGAUUUGGCGUGGUGUACAAAGGCUGUGUGCGCGACACUCCCGUGGCCGUGAAGAAGCUUGCUGCGAUGGUUGAUAUUAGUACAGAAGAACUGAGGCAACAGUUUGAACAAGAAAUAAAAGUAAUGGCAACGUGCCAGCAUGAAAACUUGGUAAAACUGCUUGGUUUCUCAAAGGAUGGAGAUGACCUCUGCCUUGUGUAUGUCUACAUGCCCAACGGCUCGUUGCUGGACAGACUGUCCUGCAUGGAUGAUACUGCACCGCUUUCAUGGCCCAUGAGAUGCAACAUUGCUCGGGGUGCUGCGAAUGGCAUCGGUUUUUUACAUGAAAACCACCAUAUUCAUAGAGAUAUUAAAAGUGCAAAUAUCUUAUUAGAUGAAGCUUUUACCGCCAAAAUAUCUGACUUUGGGCUUGCGCGUGCAUCUGAGAAGUUUGCCCAGACGGUCAUGACCAGCAGAAUCAUGGGAACAACAGCUUACAUGGCGCCUGAAGCCUUGCGAGGAGAAAUAACAUCCAAAUCUGACAUUUACAGCUUUGGUGUGGUGUUGCUGGAAAUAAUAACUGGACUCCCAGCUGUGGAUGAACACCGGGAGCCUCAGUUAUUACUGGACAUUAAAGAGGAAAUUGAAGAUGAAGAAAAGACUAUCGAAGAUUACGUGGAUCCGAAGCUGAGUGAUGCCGAGGUGUCCUCAGUUGAAAGUUUGUUCUCUGUAGCUUGUCAGUGUCUGCAGGAGAAGAAGAACCGGAGGCCGGACAGUAAGAAGGUUCAACAGCUGCUGCAAGAGAUGAUGCCCUCCUAAAACCUGACUGCAGCGGAUGCCUGGCUUCUUCAUGCAGCUUUCUAAACUAGUUUUUAAACUAAAUUCUUUUCCAAAUGUUUUUAACAAGGCAGCAGAGUGAAGUGCUGUGUGGUUAAACAGAGCUGAGCCUGCAAUACUCAGAUUAAAUAAAAGAGAGCCACUGUAUCAGCACUUAGGGCUCAGUGGGCAGUGUCCGGCUCAGGUCCUGCAGGCACUGCAGGACUAGCCAGGAGAGCAAGGGGCCCUGAGAUGGAAGGAAUCCUGGCAGACUCCAUUACCACUGGCUGCUUCGAGCUUUGUUUUGGUUUAGUUUGGUUUGUUUUUACCUCUGCCUUUCCGACAUGUAAUCAUGAAAACUGAAUGAUGCAGUGAUGUAAAAUUAAAAGUUUGUAGAAACAAUAAUGAGAGCUGUUACAGUCGUACGCUUACAGCUUCCUGCGCUCGAGGUGCUGUCACAGCAGUCACCACAAACCAGAAUUCCCAGGUGGUGUUCCCAGUUUGACUUGGCUCUUAGGCUGAUGUGACACGGCAAAAGUGAAGGGGU